ACUAUUAGAUUGCUCCUUGCUAUUUCUUCCUCCAAUAAUUGGCACUUACACCAAUUAGAUGUUCACAAUGCCUUUUUACAUGGAGAUUUGGAAGAAGAGGUCUACAUGAAUUUACCUCCUGGACUCUCUACUUCCAAAUCCAACCAAGUUUGCAAAUUGACAAAAUCUCUUUAUGGAUUAAAACAAUCUAGCAAACAAUGAUUUUCUAAAUUAACCGCCACUUUAAUGAGCAAAGACUACAAACAAUCCUUAUCUGAUCCAUCCCUUUUUAUUAAAAAUUAUAAAGGUUCAUUUACUGCUUUGUUGAUCUAUGUAGAUGAUCUUGUAUUGGCUGGAAAUGACCUAGAAGAAAUCACUACCAUCAAGUCUUUCUUGAAUCAAAAAUUCAAAAUCAAAGAUUUGGGCUAUCUCAAAUUUUUUCUUGGGUUGGAAAUCUCAAGAUCACAUCACGGCAUCCAUUUAUGUCAACGCAAAUAUGCUUUGGAUCUUCUGAAUGAUACAGGCCUAUUGGCAUCCAAGCCAACCACCUCUCCUAUGCAACGGGGAACAAAACUUCAACAGGACUCUGGUACCGUCAUGGAUGAUCCGACUUCUUAUAGACAACUGGUGGGUCAACUCAUUUAUCUCACUAAUACCAGACCUGAUAUUUCGUACGCUGUCCAACAACUCAGUCAAUUCAUGAGCAAGCCAACAUCAACUCACCAUGAAGCUGCCAUAAGAGUACUCCGAUACAUUAAAUCAUGCCCAGGUCUCGGUCUCUUCUAUCCAUCUACCUCUCACUUGCAACUCAAGGCCUUUUGUGAUUCAGAUUGGGCUACUUGCCCCGACACCAGAAAAUCAGUCACAUGUUACACUAUCUUUCUAGGUGACUCUCUCAUUUCCUGGAAAUCCAAAAAGCAGCCCACUGUUUCCAAAUCUUCUUCUGAAGCCGAGUACCGUGCCAUGGCUACAACUGUGUGUGAAAUACAAUGGCUGACUUACUUACUUCAAGAUUUUAAUCUGCAAUUUCAUACACCAGCCCUGCUGUAUUGCGACAGUCAAUCUGCUCGUCAUAUCGCUGCCAACACUUCAUUCCAUGAGCGAACGAAGCAUAUUGAAUUGGACUGUCAUAUUGUCCGUGAAAAGUUACAACAAAAGCUUUUUCAUCUGCUGCCUGUUUCAUCUUCUCAGCAACUAGCCGAUGUCCUAACCAAACCUCUUGACCCUCUUCCUUUUUCCAAUUUCAUUUCCAAGCUGGGAUUGAAGGAUAUUUAUACUCCAGCUUGAGAGGGGCUAUUAGAGACAUUUACAUUAGAAUUAUUUGUUUCCUUUCUAUGUAUUUAGCCAAUUUAUUAUUGCCCAUUUAUUAUUGAUGUUGUUGACCAUAUAUAUAGGUAUAUAUAGGUCACGCUCCCUGUGUGUAUCAAUAACAAUUAUAAUUUCAUCAAUGUCAGAUUUUUUCCUAUCA